AUGGAGUGGAGUGAACAGUACGCACAAUCAAUGGCCAAUAUUAAACCCGAAAAUUUCGAUAUGGGAUCAGUAAUUAAACAAGAAAAUUUCGAUAUGGCUGUUGUUUCUCAAAAUGAUGUAAUGGUCUCCAUGUCAAGCGAUGGGGGUACGACAAUUCUUUCUUCCGGAGAAAUGAGUAACGGGAUUGUGCAAGUUCCGUCAAGUGAUGGACUUAUGGGUUCUCCAUCGGCAAAAGAAAUCGAACGUUUCAAUAAUCUUUCCGAGGAGGAACUAAAAAACAAGUCCCUUCCUGACCACCUAAAAGAAGGACUUGAUAUUGUUAUAGUGGGGAUUAACCCUAGCUUGGCCUCAGCACACGUUGGACAUCAUUAUGCUGGUCCUGGAAAUCAUUUCUGGACAUGUUUAUCACAAGCUGGUUUGGUUCCAAUGGCUGUCAGUUGCUAUGAUGAUUCUAAAAUGUUGGAUUACGGUAUCGGAUUCACUAAUGUUUGUACAAGACCAACCAAAGGUGCAGCUGAACUUACACGUAAGGAGAUGAAGGCUGGUGCGGCAAUCAUGCUUGAAAAAAUGAGAAAAUACAAGCCAAAAAUUGCCGUGUUCAAUGGUAAAGGCAUUUAUGAAGCGUAUGUUGGACAUAAAAAUUUUUGCAUGGGAAGGCAACCUACAACCUUGGAUGGUACAGAUAUAGUCAUCUUUGUGAUGCCUUCGUCUAGUGCACGAUGCGCACAACUUCCGCGUGCUGAAGAUAAACUUCCAUUCUUUUUAGCUUUAAGAAAACUACGUGAUUAUGUACGUGGUGAUUUAGCUGAAUUACCUGAUUCUGAAGUAGUGUUCGCUGAUUAUACCGAAUUUCGUGUCACUCAACCAGAUCCAAAAAGUUUACGUAAAGCUGAACGACGUCGUAAACGAAAAGCUGAAGCGGCAGCAGCGGCCGCUGCUGCAGCUCUUGCUGUAAAUUCUGGUGAUGGAACUUUAGUGAAUGGAAUUGUUUCAAGUCAGGUUAUGUCUAAUGAUAGCGCUAAUGUUACAGCAGUUUCUCAAUCUUCAAAUGGUGUAUCCGUUGAUGGUAAAGUAAAAUCCAAAGCAAAACCUAAACGUAAAAAGUCAUCCAAUAAUAUUAAUAAUUCAACGGAACAAUCAUUACAACAAACUACAUCCAUACAACAAAUUAUGAAUGUAACCGGUAUUACUACAAAUAAUACAACUGGUAUAACAUUUACAAAUUGUACAACUGAUUUACAAUUACAACAUCAACAACAUGUCUUACAGCAACAAGUUCUACAACAACAACAGCAACAACAACAACAAACAUUUCUUCUGCAACAACAACAACAUCAGCAGCAGCAACAACAACAAUUUCAACAACAGUUCAGUCAACAAUCCGUUCAACAACAGCAACAACAACAAAUUUUACAACAGCCACAACCACAACAUCAAAUGAUUGUUAGUGCUGGUGGUCAUUUUAUGUCUACUACACCAAUGGUCACUUUUUCAACAAUGGCAGCAGCAGCGGCGGCGGCUGCCGCUGGUGGAACAGCUACAGCUAUACCUGUUCAUCCUGGUGGUACUCAAACAGCUGUAGCAUCGGGUUGUUAUGCUGCUGGUACGCCACAAUUCCAAUUUUCUAAUAAUCAUCCAACUGGUACAGCACAACAAUUUUUUAUUAGUCCACAAGCUUCAAAUUUAUCUGCAGGUAAUGGUGGUAAUACUGGUAGUGGUGGUCAAACACUUUUACAGUGGUCUACAACUCCAUGCAGUCAAGGUGUUCCAACAACUGUUCAAUUUCAACAGCCCAAUCAACAUCAACAACAGGGAAUUGCUGGAACUUGGCCAAAUGUCUCUACUAUUUAUCAUCAACCACAACCACAACAAAUUGGUACAGCUAUCCAGUCACCUUCAGGAGGAGCUGGUACUCCGACAGCUGGACAUACACAGCAGCAACAACAACAAAUGUUCACACAACAACCAGGAGCUAUGCAACAAGCUUCAAUUCAAAUGGCUCACCAAGCACAACAGCAAUUAUUAUUUACAUCACAACAUCCAGUUGGAUUACAAGCAGCCGCAGCUACUGGCGGUGCUCCACAAGCAGCUUAUCCACAACAAGUGUAUUUGGCACAGGCCCCUGCUGGUGCUAACGGUGCAGGAACAUCAUAUCAUCUACUUCCUGUUGGUUGUCCUGGUUCGAAUUUCACAAGUUUAUUAUUAUCCGACCAACAACAACACCAGCAACAACAAGCAUUAACACAAUGCUCUACAGCAGCAACGACCGGAUUACAUCUUCAACGAGGACAACCUACUGUUCAAAUUCAAACACAACAACAAGCGUAUCAACAAACUCAACAGUUUCAACAACAUCAACAAAUUCAAGCUCAAACGCAUCAAUUACAAUCAACACAACAACAAGGUACUAUAAUGUCUACUGAUAAUAUUACUGGUCAAACUACUGGUUCCAUUGGAUAUUCUAAUAAUAAUACUCCACAAUUUAUUACAUUAGCACCAGGUGCUCCAUUAAAAGUUAUGGCCGUUGGUCCAAAUGGUCAACUCAUUCAAACUACUGGUUUACCACAGUUUAUGCCAACUGGACCAGUUGGUAUGACUAUAAAUCACCAACCUACAGCAUUACAAUCAAAUCAGACAUCGAUUACAGUGACUCCUCAACGUCGUGUUGCCACACCUCAACAACAACAGCAGCAGCAGCAACAACAACAACAAACAAAUGGACGUAUAGUAUCGACUGCUUCAACAGUAGCAGGAUUUUUCUCUGGGACAGGUAUUUCAUCCGGUACAAUUCCACUUGUACAACCAGCCGCUGGUAUAGUGGAAGAUCUAGUACAAAAUACAAAUAAUACUAGUUUGAAUGCUGCAUUAAGUACAGGAGAUGAGAAAUUAGUUUACACAGCUUUAUAA